AAGAGGAGUGUGCCUACGUGAUCUUUGAGGACUGAAAAGAGCACUAUGAAGUCUUACUCCAUUUGGAUGUAGAUGACCCAAAAAAAUGUCGUGAUAAAGAGACAGAUGUCCUCACCGACCGUGUUUGAUCGACGAAAGAGUCUCGAUGCCGAUACUAUUCAGCACCGGCACAAGCACAACGGGGCCUCCCCGUGGUGAGGACCCCCACGUCAAGACGCGAGCCUAAACGGUGGCAUUGCCACGUGUUUGGAAGGAGGCCGAGAUAGUAGUCGUGCUGUGGUUCUGUCGGAAGGAGACCGACGUGUAGAGAUAGUGGUGACCCGGUCGUGUAAUAGAACCACUAUUUUUACGGUCGUGCGGUUCGUGUAAUAGAACCACGUUUACGGUCGUGUAGCAGCACCCCAACAGAAAAAGAUGCCUCCGUCAUUGAGCAAAAGAAUAUGGGACAAUUUGCCGGAUGCAGAUGAUCUCUUCGCCUACGACACGGUAAAAGAAGUACGAGUUCUGGAUCGCCGCUUAGGUCUGGUCUAUUUUAAGGCUAGUUUCUCAGCAUCGCUAUCCCAGGUGGACAUGGAGUAUUGCUGAGUGUAGUCUCAUCCUUUGACACAUUCUUAAAGAGGAAAGACGCGCUAAGGGGGACGCAGCAGGGCAUCUCAUAGUGAGAAACUAGGGAUACAGUGAGAAACUAGCGCUAACGAGUACUCGGUCUUCAACCUCGUCCUCUUCUACAUCUUGGUGUACGUCUUCGCGAUAGAGAAACGGUAUUCACUACUGUUUUUUGCAAACUGGUUUUCGACUCUAGUAUACUUAUGCUUCUUCACAAGUUGUACCUAGCACCACAAGUCCUCUCGGCAAAACUAGUAUAAAAGCCCAUGUGUGAAGAUAGAUGAAGUACAAAAUGUUGAUUCCAUACGUGGUGAUGCCACAUCAUGCUUGCUGCAGAUACCAAGACCGAGAAAAAGCUGUCGGCUGGGUCGUCUCUACGGCAUCCAACCCACCGAUACCGGACAAAGAGCCUCACGACCUCUUCGAUAUUUCCGCAUUAUGAAUAUUCACCUCUAUCUCGUAGAUGUAUACCUUCAAGCAAAAAAUUAGGAAUAUUCACCUAGAUGGCCUAUUUUUGCUAGUUCUAAUAUUUAUACCGCUUCCUUUUUUCUAACUUCCCUAGGUAGCUUUGCUCCACCACAAAUAUUCACCUCAUCAUUUUGAUUAGCAAGUAGCUCUUUUCAUUUGCAAGCGAACAGGAUGCGAUAUUUUUGCCAACGCGAAUACUGAGGACGACUGGGCAAGAAAACAAAAACACGAAAACGGACGCCGACUUUUGCGCGUCGCCACUCCAUAAGUGCACCACAGCCGCGGACUGCGAAAUCGAGAAUGCGGCGCAACAAAAAGGUAUCAGAAAGACGAGGGGGACCUUCGUAGGCAGUAGAGGUAGAAAAGGUAUCAGAAAGACGAGGGCCUUCGUAGGUAGUAGAGGUAGUUGUAUAGGGAACGUUAGGUAGAAAAGGUAUCAGAACGACGAGGAGGGCCUUCGUAAGUAGUAUUUAGGUAGCUGUAUAGGGAACGUUAGGUAGAAAAGGUAUCAGAACGACGAGGAGGGCCUUCGUAAGUAGUAUUUAGGUAGUUGUAUAGGGAACGUUAGGUAGAAAAGGUAUCAGAAAGACGAGGAGGACCUUCGUAAGUAGUAUUUAGGUAGUUAUAUAGGGAACGUCCUCCUAAGGGCGAUCUGCCGGAGUGGUUUUGUCACCUUGUGUGGCAGCGAAGUCGAGGCGUCCUAUCCUAUCCUAUCCUAUCCUAUCCUAUCCUAUAGGUAGAAAAUGCGACCUUCGUAGCGUUGUCUCAGAUUCAGGGAAUGUCAUCAACAUCACAUGAACAUGUGAUAGUAGAUCAUAGCUGUUCACGAGACAGCACUUCUUCUUCGAUCCUUUACUACUAGUAGCUGUUCACGAGACAGCACUUCUUUUUCGAAACAAAGGUGACGUCUGCACUGCCGGCACAUGCAUGA